CGCCAGGCGCCGGGGCCGGCAUGGCGUGGCCCUGCAUCAGCCGCCUCUGCUGCCUGGCGCGGCGCUGGAACCAGCUGGACCGAUCCGACGUGGCCGUGCCACUGACCCUGCACAGCUACUCCGACCUCGAGAGCGAGAAGCCGGGCCUGGGCGGUGCCACCUCGCGCAGGGGCCCGUCCCCCGCAAGCGCGCGGGACCCCGGCCGGGACGUGCCGCUUACUCAGUACCAGCGGGACUUCGGCGUGUGGACGGCGCCCGCGGGGCCCAGAGAUGCAACACUGGGGCGCGAGCCGGGAGCGGGCGGGCGCAGGAUCAAGCCCCCCGCGCCCUACAGCCGGGGGGUCUACGUGCUCCCCGUCGGCGACGCAGAUGCGGCUGCAGCGGCGACCACAUCGUACAGACAGGAAUUCCAGGCUUGGACUGGAGUGAAGCCAUCGAGAUCCACAAAGGUGAAACCCGCCGCAGUCAUCACAACCCACAGCUCUGGAUGGGACAGCAGCCCCGGGGCUGGCUUCCAGGUCCCUGAGGUGAGGAAGAAGUUCGCCCCUAACCCCUCAGCCAUCUUUCAGGCCUCAGCUCCCCGGAUCCUCAACGUGUGAUUGCCCACGGAGAGAAGCGAGCAGCCACAGAGGAUCAGAACCCACUGCCCGGGGACUGGGGUGAGGUCUCAGGACCAGACGGCCCCUGCUGUCAGAGGGGGAGGGUCCUCCGUUCUCACCGUGGGGCACUACUUCCUCUCCAAGCUGCACGAGGCCACGGGCAGAGCAGAGGCACAGAGGGACACAGCACCACCCAGCUCAGCUCUGGGCCUCAGAGACGUGUGCGGAAGGCUUCAGAUCUUUUUUAAUUGCCUCUUUUGGCCACCCUUCAUUUUUUAAAUCUGAAGAACUUGAUCAAUUCUGUGAACUGAAUUGGUCGCUGAGGGCUGAGGAAUAUGGACAUAACAGGUCCUUGAAAGAUCUAGUAAUGUCCACGUUAUUGUUUUUGCAGGCUGCACGAUAAUUUUAUAAC